UCAUUCCAGGACAAUCCUCCGUAUGAUAAGGGAGCCUUCAGAAUCGAAAUCAACUUUCCAGCAGAGUAUCCCUUCAAACCUCCUAAGAUUACAUUUAAAACAAAGAUCUAUCACCCUAACAUUGAUGAAAAGGGGCAGGUUUGUCUGCCAGUCAUUAGUGCUGAAAACUGGAAGCCAGCAACCAAAACUGACCAAGUAAUCCAGUCCCUCAUAGCACUGGUGAAUGACCCACAGCCUGAGCACCCUCUUCGGGCUGAUCUAGCUGAAGAAUACUCUAAGGACCGUAAAAAAUUCUGUAAGAACGCUGAAGAGUUUACAAAGAAAUAUGGUGAAAAGCGACCAGUGGACUAAAAUCUGACAAAGUUGAUGUCAGCAACGUGUGAUAGAAGAUCUGGAGCAGUGCAUUUCAGACAUACCACAAAGCAGGGCUGUAUGGAAAAUUGACAAGUGCCACCUUUUAGUGUUAACUUGUGGCUGUUACUAACUUUCUACAGCUUUCUUAAUCAAAAGUGGUCUAGGUAACCUGUAAAAAAAGGAAUAAAAAAUUAAGAUGUUCUAGUUCUGCUUUCUUUGUUUAAAAAUCACUGCUUCAGUAUAUUUUAAAGGAUGCUGUUUCUUUUUCUUGUCAGAAUUUAACAAAAAUAUCUUAGACUUAUAGUCUGCCCUUAACAUUUAAAAGGUUGUGGCUGGUGGUU